UCAGACCCGUUCGGAAAUGUAAAAAGUGUAACCACAUCUCGAACAAAAUAGGAAAUGUGAGAGAAUUUGAACAAUUUAGCAGCGAUUCGGUCGAAUAAAAAUGGGUAGAAAGUGCUGUGUUCCUGAUUGUUUUUCAAACUAUGAUGCAGCAUUAAAAACCGGGGCCGCCGCAGCGAGUACGUUUCAGUUUCCCAAUGAUCCAGCUCUCUACAAUCGCUGGUUGCAAGCCAUACGUCGUCCUAAUUGGGUGCCUUCUAAGCGCUCCAGCGUGUGUAUGCAUCACUUUAAACCGGACGAUAUCAUGCGGUAUGAUAAACCCGCAAAACUGCAACCGGGCGCUGUUCCAUGUUUGUUUGGUGAAUCGAUUCUACGAUCAGCAGUUCGACCGAAACGGGGUAGGCGACGAAAGGAUCUACAAUUGACAGAGAAUGAAACAAACGCGGACAAUAUGGGCAACGAUUUAAGCGCCAUUUAUUCCGCGGAUCAUGUAAUCGGGGAUUGCAUUCUAAAUUUUGCAAAUUUUAAGCGCUACGUACGCGAGAAAUUGCAGCACAGUGAAUGGAUGAUCCUCGAAAGAGUCCAGGUAGUGCAUCUGUUUUACUUGGAUGACUCAGAUGAUCAGUGUCCAAUAAGGAUUGAUAAUAGUAUAAAAGUUUACAGCGAUCUAAAGAUAAAACUUUACACUCGAGAAGAAGAACAAAGCGAUAAACAGCUGCAGUGGAUUCUUGGAAUGGAUAAUAAAUUAAUGCGAUGGUCACAACUAAUCACCAUAGUCGAUAAGUAUGGCGACGCUUCCCGAUACGCAUCGCAAAUUGGCCAUGAUCAGCAACACACUGAGCUUUCCUUGGGUGGUGAACAAUGUGAACUCAGUCUAAUAGAGGAACACCUCGACAACAUGGGAGAAGAAAAAGGCAUGAUAGAAUCUGUUGAAAAUGCUGCAGAUGAUACAACAAACCAAUGUACGGUUCAUGAUGAGUCUGUACAUGAAGCGGAUAGUAAUUUUGUUGACAUCGGUGGAAAUGAUUCAGUGGAAUCAGAAAACAGCCUUGACGGUGAUAUAAAAUGCAACAAGAAUGGGAGCAGAGAAUCAUUCAUUUCAAAACUUAAACCAAUUCUAAGCCAAGUGCGAGAGCUGCAACGAGCCAAAUUUAAAUGUUUUGUAUGUAACAUAGAUCAGGGUACGCAAGAAGAAUAUGAACGACACAUGCCUACCCAUUUAGCAAUGUUGCCUUACCAUUGCACUAUAUGCACCAAAGACAAGGUUACGAUCAAAACUUUGGCCUCAUUAAAUAAGCACUGUCUUAUGCACUGCAAGCCGCUAAAGUGUCGUUUUUGCGAUGUACGAUUCACCACGUACGCCUCUAGAGUAUUGCAUGAAGAUACGAAACACAAGAGCACUGCGACCACCCGUUGCGACGUGUGCCAAAAAGUUUUCUCCUCACUCCGUAGCUACCAGUACCAUCGCAAAAUCCAUGAUGAUCCCGAGACGUUAAAAUGUAAAAUUUGCAAUCGCAUUCUAUCUUCUAGAUAUGAGCUGAAGCUGCAUAUGCGUACCCACACUGGGGAAAAACCCAACAAGUGUACGUUUUGUACGGUGUCUUUCAAUCGGAGGUCGAACCUUGUCCAACACAUUCGUCGAUUUCACAGUAUGGAGCGACCUUACGACUGUGCCGUCUGUGGGGAUCGUUUUCGGACCAAUUUUGUUCUUAAGAGACAUUUAAAGUCCCACGAUGCAAUUACGGAUUCGGACGCGAGCAAACCGAAAAGGGUUUCUCGUUCUUCCAAGGUUCUUCAAUGUGCGGAUUGCGAUAGACAGUUUCUAUCACAUGUAAGCUACCAUUCUCAUCGACGACAGCAUGAUAAACGGUACCAGUGUAGCUACUGUGGAAUUCGAAUAGCUCAAUUGCGAGACUUUGAAGAUCACGAGAAUAUUCACACCGGCACAAGACCGUACGAAUGCAAAACGUGUGGGAAAAAGUUUCGAUCAUCAUCAACGUACUAUAGCCAUUUACGCGUGCAUGGCGGCGAGAAGAAACAUUUUUGUGAAAUAUGCAACAAAGGCUUCCUACGCCCCUACCAUCUGCAGGUGCAUAUGCGGAUGCACACGGGAGAGAAGCAGUUUCGCUGUAAUACUUGCGGGCGGACGUAUUCUGUAAAGGCGGCAUACAAACGACAUCAGCUCACGCACCGACCAACUGUUGCUGAUAUGUUGUGCGCACAGGGAGCGAUUAAAGGCAUCGUCUCUUCCGUACCGGACAAGACUACGUUUCCUCCAAGUGGGGUAGAAGGGAAUGAAACUUUCGUAACAUCGAUCAGUGCACAAAUGGGUAUCGUAUUUUCUUCAGAACAAGUACUCCCGGCUGUGGAGGAUGGUAUCGGUGCUUUGCCCAGCGUUAUGUCGAGCGUUUUAAAUAGCGAAUGCCCGGUUGUUUUCGAGUGUUUAUCUGAAGGCUCAUACAUGACAGAAUUACCGCAGAUGAUCACAUCGGAUGACCCCACGAUUACAUCAAUCGAUUUAAAGUAAUAUUUAUGGUUUUAACUGUGGCUGCGAUAUGGAAAACUUCCAAAUGUGUCUUUAAAUAUAACCAUAAAAAUUGUGCU